UAGAGUGGCGGAAGUGGCCCAUCCCCUUCCUCUCUCGGCUCAACGGCUUGCCUAAGCUUCUGGGGAUUUCUCCGGCGCGAGGCAUUGUGGGCUUGCUGGGCGGCCCCAACCGGGAGAACAGAGUGCUGGCGGGUUACUGAACAAGCUUCCAAAAUGAUGCCCACACCAGUUAUCCUGUUGAAGGAAGGUACUGAUAGCUCCCAAGGCAUCCCUCAGCUUGUGAGCAAUAUCAGUGCCUGCCAGGUGAUUGCUGAGGCUGUAAGAACCACCCUGGGUCCUCGUGGCAUGGACAAACUUAUUGUAGAUGGCCGAGGCAAAGCAACUAUUUCUAAUGAUGGGGCCACUAUUCUGAAACUGCUUGAUGUUGUCCAUCCUGCAGCAAAGACUUUAGUGGACAUUGCCAAGUCUCAAGAUGCUGAGGUUGGUGAUGGCACCACUUCAGUGACCCUGUUGGCUGCAGAGUUUCUGAAGCAGGUUAAACCAUAUGUGGAGGAAGGUUUGCACCCACAGAUCAUCAUCCGAGCUUUCCGCACAGCCACCCAGUUGGCAGUUAACAAGAUCAAAGAGAUUGCUGUGACCGUGAAGAAGCAAGAUAAAGGGGAGCAGAGGAAGCUGCUAGAAAAGUGUGCCAUGACAGCUCUGAGCUCCAAGUUGAUCUCCCAGCAGAAAGCCUUCUUUGCUAAGAUGGUGGUUGAUGCUGUGAUGAUGCUGGAUGAUUUGCUGCAGCUUAAAAUGAUUGGAAUCAAGAAGGUACAGGGUGGAGCCCUAGAGGAGUCUCAGCUGGUGGCUGGUGUUGCAUUCAAGAAGACUUUCUCUUAUGCUGGCUUUGAAAUGCAACCCAAAAAGUACCAUGACCCCGCGAUUGCCCUUUUAAAUGUUGAGCUUGAGCUGAAAGCUGAGAAAGACAAUGCUGAAAUCAGAGUCCACACGGUGGAGGAUUAUCAAGCAAUUGUUGAUGCUGAAUGGAACAUUCUCUAUGACAAGUUAGAGAAAAUCCAUCGUUCUGGAGCCAAAGUCAUCUUGUCCAAACUCCCCAUUGGGGAUGUGGCCACCCAGUACUUCGCUGAUAGGGACAUGUUCUGUGCUGGCCGUGUACCUGAAGAGGAUCUGAAGAGGACCAUGAUGGCCUGUGGAGGCUCUAUCCAGACCAGUGUGAAUGCUUUGUCAGCAGAUGUGCUGGGCUACUGCCAGGUGUUUGAAGAGACCCAAAUUGGAGGCGAGAGGUAUAAUUUCUUCACUGGCUGCCCCAAGGCCAAGACUUGCACCUUUAUCCUCCGUGGAGGCGCCGAGCAGUUUAUGGAGGAAACAGAGCGGUCCCUGCAUGAUGCCAUCAUGAUUGUCAGGAGGGCCAUCAAGAAUGAUUCAGUGGUGGCUGGUGGUGGCGCCAUUGAGAUGGAGCUCUCCAAGUACCUUCGGGAUUACUCGAGGACUAUUCCAGGAAAACAGCAGCUGUUGAUUGGGGCAUAUGCCAAGGCCUUGGAGAUUAUCCCACGUCAGCUGUGUGACAAUGCUGGCUUUGAUGCCACAAACAUCCUCAACAAGCUGCGGGCUCGGCAUGCCCAGGGGGGCAUGUGGUAUGGGGUGGACAUCAACAACGAGGACAUUGCCGACAACUUUGAGGCCUUCGUGUGGGAGCCAGCUAUGGUGCGGAUCAAUGCCCUGACAGCAGCCUCUGAAGCUGCAUGCCUCAUCGUAUCUGUAGAUGAGACCAUCAAGAACCCCCGCUCCACUGUGGAUGCUCCUCCAACAGCUGGCCGGGGCCGAGGCCGCCUCCAGUAAGAGGCACCCAGCCAUCACACAUUGACUGGCAGGCUGGCUGCAGGCUGGCUGCAAGUGCACUGCCUUCCCUGGCUGGGUUAACGGAUGUUACAAGGAAGUGGUAGUGAUUGACCCACUGUUUCCACUAGUGAUUAUUUAAAUAAAACUUCAGACUUGGAAUUAA